ACCAGUGCAGUCAGAUUGGUUGAGUUUCACUAUGGAGGACAGCAGGAAGUUGAAAUUUCUCAAAACUAUUCUUCCCGGUAGAAUACUGGCCGAAUCGAAGUGCCAGGAUGAGGAGUUGAUCCAGGUAGAACUGACCACUCCGAAUCAUCUGGAAGGAUUCAUGUCUACGAUUCAUCGGUUGGUGAUGGUUACGCGCAAUAAAAGUACGGGAGAGGAGAAAACUUCAACCCUAAUGGUGAAGGUUAUGAAGGGAGACGAAUCGUUCCAGGAAAGCUGUCUAAGUCUUGUGCAGUUCCGCAACGAAAUGUUCAUCUAUACCAAAGUUUUGCCAUGCUUUCAGCAGGUGCUAGAAAUUUCCAAAUGCUCAGUGAAAGGGGACAAGUGGUGUCCGCAGCUGGUGUUCAGUGCGACGGGCAAGAUUCCUGAAUACAGCGAUUGCUCCGAGACCCUCUUGGUGAUGGAGAACAUUGCCUUGGAUGGAUUCAAGGCUGGUCCAUGGAACGAUUUGGAUGAAGAUCACUUGGUGUUGAUGGCAAGGAAUAUUGCCCAGUUCCAUGCCUGUACGUACGCGAUGAAAAUCACAAAAGAUCCACGUUUAGACGAACUAAUUAAGGGAAUUAUCCCGUUCGAUUUUGUCAGCAAUGGUAAAGUUUUGAAUAUCUACGCAUUGUUUAUCAAAAUAGGGUUGGAUCGACUGUUCGAGUACCUAGAUAAAAAUCCAAAGCUACUUGAUAGCGAACGUUUCAAGAAUGAUAUCAGUACACUCAGAAGAAGAUAUGGCGAAGCGCCAAUUCACUUGAUGCAAAAGUUGUUACAUCAGGACGAGUUUUCUGUGAUACUGCAUGGCGACUACAAUCGGAACAAUGUUUUGUUCAAGUAUGAAAAUGACAAGCCGGUAGAUAUUCGGAUGUUCGACUUCCAGGAAAAUCGUUACGGAACUCCAGCAAUCGAUCUCACAUUUUUCAUGUGCAUGAGCAUGCCAACCGGAUUGAGGGAACGGUUCUGGUACCCACUGCUGGAACAAUACCACGACAGUCUUAUAUCAACCCUCCAAGACAUUCUAAAAUGCGACGCCAAUGACCCCAGACUGAAGCCGUACAGUUACCAGAACUUCAAGAAGCAUCUGCGGCGUUACGGGAUGUACGGCAGCAUGAUUGCGGUUCACUUCCUGCCGUGGAAGAUCUGCUCGGAGGAGGAAUGUGCCCAACUGGCGUUCCACUUCGGCAACGAUAUGCACUCGGCGGAGAUGAAACACUGGGCCAACAUAGCUGGAGGGGACGCGGUCGAUAUACGGCUGACGGAAAUGUUCAGACAUCUGAGUCAACAGGGAUACAUGGAUAUCGUUCACGAGGAUUGAGUUUGUAAGGAUUCACUAAAAUUUUGCAUCUUAUUUCAUUAAAUUGUGGAAUUGGAAUCACUAAAAUGGCCAUCACUCAGUAAAAACUCAACCAA